AUGUCAUUAAAGAUCAGUGUUCAACUCCGUUCUCUCCGUCUUGCUACUCUGUCGACGACGAUGGCGGACCUUUUGCACCAGAGCCUCAAGUCAAUGUCUAUUGCCGAUGAGGAAGAACCACUGACGCUUCCUGACAGCCCUAGGUUCAGGGUUUUCGAUGAAAAUUCCACCAGCCUAUUGGGUAGGUUGUUAAACCCGGAUUGUCCACACAUGGGGAGAAUGAUUGAGUAUAUGCCGACGGCGUGGCGUGUUGUUGGAAGAGUCAGAGGCAUAUCUCUCUCGAGAGACCGCUUUCAGUUCAUCUUCCAGCGUAAGGAAGACCUCCUUACUGUGCUCAAGGAUAGACCUUGGUCCUAUAACAUUUGGGCUUUAGCUCUUGAACGAUGGACGGCAGACCCUCCUCCUUAUUUCUUGCAUUAUAUGGAGAUCUGGAUCAGGAUCAAAAACAUACCGAUGAAGUUCUUCACUGGUGAUACUAUGCACAGACUGGCGUCUGAAAUUGGUCAUGUUGAGUUGGUUGCUUAUGAUCCUAAAGUCUCUCACACAAAGGACUACAUCCGUGCUCUGAUAACCUUUGAUUCGGAGAAUCCAGCUAAACCUUCUUGCAAGCUUACAGUGAGCAAGGACAAAACAAAUGCUCCUAAACAGAACUCUCAGAACGCUACUCCCUCAUCUAGUGGUGAGAAAUCCCCCUCAGAGAUUAUCCCAAGCACUGCUAUGAAGGUGACUACUGAGGCUCCUCCUGGAUUUCCUGUGAUGUUCCUUGAACUUCCUCCUGAGGAACGGAAGGCAGCCUUACUCUACAUAUCUCACUCUGAUGCUACUGAGCGUCAAGCAAGGAUAAUGAGAGUCAGACAGGCUAUAGAGGAUCAAGGUCAGUCACAUGUUGCCACCUUAACGAGAUUCACUUCGAAUCUUGAUAAAGGUAAAGGACAUGUGUUCUGUUACCCGGAGUCAGAUCAAGAUCACUCUCCUCCAGCUUGUCAACGUGCUAGAACAACAGGCUCUUUGCCUUUGUUGGGAGAUCAAUAUGAUCAGGAGGGCUACUCUGAAACUGAAGGCUCUGGUAUAGCAUGCGACUCAGCGCCUAAUAUCACUACGGGUUUUGAGAUUGGUGUGUCUUCACAGACUCCAUCUGCCGGUGAUAGUAAGGUUGUGAAAGUUGCUCGUCGUAGACCUCCCUCGUGGAAGAGAAAAGCUCAGGCUCUGAAGUCCACCAUUCGUAUCACCUCUACUUCUGAUCAGGCGCUUAUCCCUCCCGAGUCUGGUAGUAAGCGAAAGACUGAGUCUGCUCCUAUGUCACCGUCCAAGAAAAGUUCAACUCCAACAACCAAUUCGGUGGCUUCCGGUUUGAAGCCGCUGCACAUCCAAUGA